AUGGCGCCCAAGAAAUCCGCUCAGGUGCCCCCCGCCGCCGCCGUCGCCCCCGCAGGCCCGACCGUCGCCGCCAUCCCCGGCACCAUGACCUCCCAGCCCAAGGCUGCCUCCUCCAAGGCCGCCAGCGCCAGCGGCAACGCCGACUGGACCCAGGCCGUCAACCAGCUCCUCGACCACUACCAGAAGAAGACGCCGCAGCGCACCAAGCUCAUUGACGUCUUCCUCGCCUUCCUCGUCGUGCUCGGCGGCGUGCAGUUUGUCUACUGCGUGCUCGGCGGCGGAUUCCCUUUCAAUGCCUUCCUUUCAGGUUUCUGCGCUACUGUUGGACAAUUCGUCCUGACUGUUUCCCUGCGCAUGCAGACGACCGAGGCGAACAAGGCCGACUUUCCUUCCGUGUCCCCAGAGAGAUCCUUUGCCGACUUUGUCAUUGGCAGUUUGAUCCUACACUUCUUCGUCUACAACCUGAUCAACUAGACGAGGCGCAAAACGCAUGCGUGGCAGAGACAUUUGCGUUUCGGAUACAGAAUACAUGCUCAAUGGAGGGCACGGGUCGUUCAAGAGAUCUGAACACGUGCCUGCGGGCAUGAGGCCCGGCAGUCAGUCGACAUGCCAUUGCUUCACCGGACCGAGAGGAGAAGCCAGGUGGCAGGCGUGGCAGAUGGACAUGGGAGCGCCAUACUGUAUGAUACUGAAGCCAACAACAAAAGUAGCGUCGACUAGAGCAGAGAACGCAUAGAGAUCCUCAAUGGGAAUCAUGAGACAU